AUGGCGGAGCUCACCUACGACACCCUUGUCGACGAUGGCAACUACCUCGGUUCUGAACGCGCUCGCCUCGAAAACCAAGUCAUUCUAGAUGAACUCGAACGCAAAAAGAAGGCGCGAGGCAUUGCAGCGCCGACGGACGAUAAUAAAGUCAAAGCAAGGCUGCGUGAAAUCGGAGAACCUAUAACGCUGUUCGGUGAACGUGCAGCAGACAGACGAGACCGUCUAAUUUAUGUGCUAUCGCAAAUCAAUGCUGCAAGAGGCGACGACCAAAUGGCGGUGGAUGAAGAAUCAUCCAGCGAGAGCGAAGAAGACGAGCAAGAAGAGUUCUAUACACCGGGGUCUCUGGAAUUGCUUGAAGCACGAAGACGGAUAGCGGAGUAUUCUCUCCCCAGAGCUCAAAAGCGCAUCGCCCAACAGCGACUAGACAGUAAACUCGACCUUGGUCGCAUAGUCGAUAUUCGCAAGAAGGUCUUUGCCGAGGUCAAGAAAUUCUCGAAUCUUGGCUCUCAAAUCGGCGACGAACGGCCUAUUGCGCAAGUACGCUUUGCACCCAACAACAAAAUUCUUGCGACAGGAAGUUGGUCGGGAACUGUAAAGCUGUGGAAUGUACCAGAGUGCACGGAAAUCAAGGCACUGCGAGGUCAUACAGACAAGGUCGGCGGCGUUGCAUGGCAUCCUCAGGCGACGCUUUCCCUAUCCCCAGACGUGGUCAACCUUGCAAGUGGUGCCGGUGAAGGAAACGUAAACUUGUGGUCGUUGAACAACGACCAACCUGUCUCUGUGAUGUCAGGCCACCAAGACCGCGUAUGCCGUGUCGCCUUCCACCCUUCAGGCGAUUAUGUCGCAAGCGCCAGUUUCGACACGACAUGGAGAUUAUGGGACGUCAAUACUGCCAAAGAGCUCUUGCUGCAAGAAGGCCAUUCAAAGGAAGUCUAUUCGGUGGAGUUCCAGACGGACGGUGCCCUUAUUGCCUCUGGUGGAUUGGACGCGAUAGGUCGCGUAUGGGAUCUUCGAACAGGGCGAACAGCGAUGGUACUGGAUGGACAUGUACAAGCUAUCCUAGCUAUGGCUUUCUCACCAAACGGAUACCAAGUUGCCACGGGUGCAAGCGACGACACAAUCCGCGUCUGGGACAUGCGGUCUAUCAAACCCCUGUACACCAUCCCCGCCCACCUCUCCAACGUCUCCGACAUCCGCUUCUUCCACGCCAACGACCUCUUCUUCAAGAACCAGCCGUCACCCUCCUCUGACGUCGAAAUGAAAGACCAGAGCGAGGAUGAGAACCCCGACGCUCAAAAGCCCGAUUCCGAGUCAGAAUUGAAAUGGUCAGAAGAGGAGUGGAGGUACCGUUCUGGGCUGUUCUUUGCUUCAGCAGGCUAUGAUGGGCUGGUGAAGAUCUGGAGUGCGGAUGAUUGGCAGCUUUUGAGAACGCUUUCGACCGAUGCAGGUAAAGUCAUGUCGGUUGACAUCACGAGCGAUGGGGAUAUGAUUGCGUCUGGGACGUACAACCGUAACUUCCAGCUCUUUGCUCCCGAAGAGAUUGCAUGA